AAAAUAAUAUCUUUUUUGCAUGUUCAUGUAUGCACUACGAAGAUAUCAUUUGUUUAAAUACGUAGUGAAUACUCAUUUUUACUCAUUGCAUUAUAUAUAUAUUUGCUUAUAGAGGUUUACUUGUGCAUAGAUCUCUUCAUCGGUAGCUUUUUAUUUUGCUAGCGUUGAUGACCUACUUUUCACGCAUUUAAUCUAAAUAGAUAAUAAACAGUGAUGAGCUUAAUAAGCAUUGUACGAGUAGGAGAUGAAGAAGCAAAGCCGAUUACAAUCAGUGAUGGAAAGACAGUUAUUGGUAGAGGCCCCUUUUUGCAGGUGACAGAUAAAAGGGUUUCAAGAAACCAUGGUAUGUUGGAAGUAUCUGAUGGGAAAUUAUACCUUACCCCAACGCACACAAAUCCAUGUUUUUUCAAAAAGAAUUCAAAUAGCAGUGUAGAGAUAAUGAAGAAGGAUGAUAGACGUCUACUAGAAAAUGGUCAUAUCUUUGGUCUUCUCCCAGAUAGUCUGUAUUUCAAAGUUCAGUGUCCAGCUACCCAGAAUGGAACAAAUAAAAAUAAUGAAAAAACUGAAGAAGAAGAAGAACAAGAAGAAGAAGUUAUGAGUGAAGAAGAAGGAUCACAGUCUCCAGAAAAGGCUAAACCCUGGCAGACUGUGAAGACUGAAGAUGGGAAGGAGAUGACAUUACCACUAGAGAAGAAGAGAGCUUUACCAGCGUGGAUGUUACAGAUGGCCAAAGCUUCACCACCUGUCUCUAAAAAACCAGCCGCUAGACAAACUGCAAAGACACCUACAAAGCGGAAAAAUGAAGAUGAUGAUGACUAUUCUCCAGCUAAAAAGAAAACACCAGCUAAAACUGGUCCUGGUAGAAGAAGGAAGACGGAGAGUGAGGAAGAUGAAGAUUAUGAUAUAGAUGAAGAUGAAGAAGAGGAAAAGGUUACAACAAAAAGAGGGCGUGGAGCAACAAAGAAAAAGUAUUAUGAUGCCAGUGAGGAUGAGUUAGAUGAUGACUGGGAGGCUGAAGAAGAAUACAAGCCAAAGAAAAGAACACCAGCUAAAUCUCGCCAGACACCAAAAGCAAAACCAAAACCUCGCAGGAAAGCAAGAGAUACUAGUGAAGAGGAAUCUGAGGAAGACAGACCAAAGAAAAAACGAGGAGGAAAGUCGAGAAAGGCGAGGGCUGGUUCGUCUGAAGAUGAAAUGCCCAGCACAUCAGCGAGGUCAACAAGAGGAGCAAGAGCUAAACGGAAAAGCUAUGUUGAUGACUUUGUUGACUUCUCUGAUGAUGAGGAUGUGAAUAAAGGUUCCUUGUCUAAAGAUGAAGACAGUGAUUUUGUUUUUGAUGAAGGAGAAGAAUCGGCUAGUGAUUGGGAAAUGGAAAGUAAAAAAUCUUCACAUAAAAAGAAUCAAGGUACUCCAAGUAGGAGAUCUUCGCGGACAGUUGGAAGACGGAAAAAAUAUGCUGACUCUGAUGAAGAAUCGGCUUCAGAUGAUGAAUAUGUUCCACGUUCUACAAGAAAGCGACAAAAUAAUAGCAAAAAACGCAGGAAGGGUAGACGGAAAAGGCAGUCAUCUAGUGAUGAAGAUGAAUCCAGUUCAGAUGAUUAUGUAGCACCAAAACGAGAUCCUAAAACUAAGAAACGAAAAGAUGACUCUGGGUCUGAAGAAGAAGAAUCUGAAGAAGAGACUCCUAAAAAACGAGCCCCAGCUAAGAAAGGAAAGAAACAAGAGGUGUCUGAAAGCGAAGAAGAUGAUGACGAUGAAGAUGAUGAUGAUGCUAAGAAGAAAGAUAAAAAGGAUAAACGAGAGGAGGUUAAGAAAGUCAGGCAAUUAAAAAGUAAACACAGACCACCCUGUAUGUUCGGUAAAAAAUGUUAUAGGAAAAAUCCAGAGCAUUUUACAGAGUUUAGUCACCCUGGAGAUGUAAGUUAUGAUGAACAGUCUGAUUUAGAUGAGGAGGAAGAAAGGAAGGAUUGUCCAUAUGGAAAUACUUGCUACAGAACCAAUGUAAGUCACUUAAAGCAAUAUAAACACUACACCAGAGAUAGAGAUACAAAGCAAGUUGCACAACUUCCAACAGGUGACCAGGGCAAAGGUGAAGAAGAAUCGACUGGACCUAACAUGUAUGAUUAUAAUGACAGUUUUAUAAACGAUGAAUCACAGGCUCAGUCUGGAAAUGAAAAGUCUGCAUCUGAGAGUGAAGGUUCUGUUUCAGAUGAGGAAGAAGAUAUUAAACAGUUAAAAAAGGAGGCAAAAAAAUUUGUUAAAAAUGAAAAACUGACAAAGCCAGUGUGAUGUUUUGAAACAUGAGUGAGCAGCUGAUAGGAUCUCUUUCCAUUGUAUAUGUCAUCAUAAUCUCCAUAGUAAGUGACUGGAUUUCUGAUCCAUGAAAUUGUGAAAUAGAAAAACCAGUCAAAUAUGUGUUGUGCAGUUGGUGUUCAGUGUAGGAAGUACAGUUCUGAUUCUACAGAUAAUUGAUCACUUCGUACAGAUUGAAAUGAUGCUUUUUGUCAAUUUUUAUUAUCCCAAAAAAUUGCAACUUUUUUCUAUAUUCUGUAUUAGAUAGUUUUGAACUUUCUAGUGAAUUUUCCUUCUGUGUAAAAUGACAUCAGGAAUUCAUGCCAAGUUAACAGAGAUGUUCUGCAUGUAACAAUAGUUUAUGACAACUGGACAUAUCAAGGAAAGAAGAGUAGAAUAAAAGGCAAUGGAACUUCAAAGAAGUCCUUAAAUUGAAUCUAACAUUACUUUUUUAUUCUGUUGUUUUUUUACAAAGUGUGAAAUGGUUAUAAGCAUAUCUUGUUAGCAUGUUGCAUAACUCAUAUGCCUGAUUUUUUGUGUAAUACGUUAAUAUUCGUAUUCAUUGACAACAGUUUAGCCAAAAUAACACAAAUCAUGAAAUGAUUGGCAAAGGUUUCAGGAAAGGCAUUGGCCAUCUCAGUGUCUGCUAAAUGUAUUGCUAAAAUUAGAUGAAGCAAUAUGGUGAGAUUGGAUGCAGGGAUAUUGUAGAGUAUAAUAUAGAUAGUUAGAAAUACAACCUCUUUAUCAAUAAGAAAUCUAAUUUCUUUCAUUAUUGUUCAUUUUCAUUAUUGAACCAUUUGGCAUAUUUCAUGUUUGCUGUUUGAAGUUUACCAUCAUUUUGAUGAUAGGCAAAUAGUUAAAUUGAAUAGCUGUAAAUUAAUCAGUCUGUUAAUUGACUAUGUACAAAAGAUUUAUAUCAAAUCCAUAAUAUUCCAAUUGUCAGUAUUUUUUUUACACCCACAGCAUUGAAAUAUUCUUUAAUACGAUACAUUUUAUGUCAGUUCUCUUUUGUCAAAUUUGAAUGGAAGUGAUAUUUGUAUUGAGCAAAGAAAUUGCAUGUUCAAGAAUUUAAUUAUGAACCUAAAAAAGUUAUUUUUAUCUGUAAAACUUGGUCCCUCAUCGAUUUAAUUUUGCCUAACCAACAGUUUAGUAAUAUGGAUCAUGAAAUAACUUACAUAAAAUGCAUACACUAGUAGUUAAGGUCUUUGACUUCAAAUCACCUGCCGCUCACUGCUGUAGGUUCGAAUCAUGUCAGGGACAUUGCAUUCUUUCAAGCUUAAGGAAUGCUGGUGGUUCUUCUCGGAUGCCCACUUUGCCUGAAAUAAUGCAAUGAGGGGCACCAUUUGACCUCUCGGGUGUUGGUGCGAUGUAACAGCAAACCAAAACAAAUGUUUUGUAAAGCUCAAGUAAUAGUAUUGCUCUACAAAGUAAUCUCAAAACUUACAAGGGGAGCUGGUUGAGAACUUUGAUCAGGUCAAGGUCACUGACACUAAAAAUAAAUUCUUUUUCUCAUAAUAAGGCUAUAUCUUUUGAUAUGACAAGAUGGCAUAAGGGAGCAUUUGCUUGUGUUAGUGAUAUUCUAGAUUUAAUCUAGGACUCUAACUAUGUGUUGAAAUCUAACAUAAGAUACAACUGUAAAACUACCUGACUCAGAUUUCAUCAUUAAGUACAAUGUACUUUCAUCAGGGAAACUUGCUUCAGAUCAAUGUGUCGUAUGCAAAUUUCCUAAAGAAGGAAUUCAAUAUAUAUACUGACAUGGAAUUAUUUGUUUAUAUUUGAUCACAAAAUAUAUAAUUCUUGAAACUUUUUUGAUAAGUAAACUGGAUUAAUAUUGUGUUGCUUCUGUUCAGCUGUUGUUGAUAGAAAGUUAUGAAUAUUAGUAGGGCAAACAUUUUUCAUGGAAGUAGAAUAUUAAAUAUGUGAUUGUUGUUGUUGUUGUCUGUUUAUUAGUUUGUGCAUGAUUUAUUGUGCUUGUUUUAUCUUGAAAUACAGAUUAAUAAAUUUCAUAUCAUACUUUAUUCAAAUGCUUGCAUUGUCACAGAGGACACUAAAAGAUGAAGCAGCUAUUUUGUUUAUGAAGUUUAAGCUAGGUGUUGCUGGAAACAUUUUUUUCAACUUCCAUGAUAAAGUAAUAAAAAGUUAUGCACAAUUAUGGAACAUAAUAUGUAUGUUGGUAUGCCAGAUGAAAGUUGCUAUGAGAUGAAGUGUUAAAAAGCUAUGAAAGAAGGUCAUGCUUUAUCUUUUAGCCGACACAUGUCAUGUAGGUGGUAGCUAGUAAGCAUCAUAUUAUAACAAAUAGAAUCCAGGUCAACUGUGUCAGUUAAAUACUAGUAUUGGCUUAAACUUGGAUAUUAUAAAAUUUAAACCCUAAACAAGUUUUGCAAUAUAUACAAGGAAUAAUAAUUUUCUUACACUUUUUUGUACAAGUCUAUAAUUUAGGUAAACUAUGUUGAAAAAUUGUAUAUUUGUAUAAUAUUUUACCACUGUGAAGUUAAAUGAUAUAUUUAUUCAAACAUUUAAGUAAAGGAUACAAAAUGGGAUAUACUUCAUUAACAUUGCAAGAAAAUAUUUGUUAUACAAGGGGUGUUCAGAAAGUGAUGCAAUAUCCCUCAAAAUAACCCCCCCCCCCCAUACACCAGUAUGCUUGUAUCCUCAAAAACCAGGUAUAUGCUUAUUAAACUUAGGUGGGUUCAAUGUACUGUUUGACCUCAGUUUACUUUACAUCUUUCUGUUAAGUUUUCUGCUUUUUGGCGAUAUUUUAUUUAGUGAUCUGUCUCCGCCAACUGCCUCUGGUUUUAUCCUCAAACCUUCCCCAACUAUCUUUGAAUCAGUUUUGGGUUUUAUUUUUAAAAAAAGCCUCACUUUGUUACAUAUACCGGUAUAUAUUUUUACAUCACAUAUUUUCAUGAAAAUACUAUUCGAUAUUAAACCCAUUUUACAUUGGCAUUAGAUAUAUACCUAUACAACUGUAUCUCUGUCACUCAUUCACAACCUUUUUUCAGUUACAUUCAAGUUCAAAUUCUCCCAUGCAUUUUCAGUGGCAAUAUAUGCACAAGUAAUGGAAGAAAAGGCAUGAAGUAUUUGCGAAAACAAGGGAUAUAUUGAAAUACACACAGAUAUUUAGUCGUGAAAUGCAUGUGUAAGUUGAUAUUUAAGAGGUAUUGCAUUAGUUACGGAACACCCCAUGUACAAGUUAUCUUAUAUGUUUUACAAAAUUAUGUUGUACAUUUCUGUCAAAGUAAUGUUUAGAGUUACUUUCAGGUCUUCCAGUUGGUUUAUACGAGUAUUUUUUUUAUAUCAUUAAAUGCUGUCUUCGUAAUGGAACAGUAUGAAACAAAAGACAUUUUAACUUUAACAUGAUUUAACAGAUACUCUUGAUUAAUUAAAGCAUUGUAAGCAUAUAAGUAUCUUUACCAUUAUGAUAUUUUGGUCGUUUGACAAAAGAAAAAAAAAUAACACUAUAUUUUAUCUACAAUUAUGAUUGAACUUACAAUAUAACGAAGACUUUGUGUUUCAUCAUUAUCAAUGAAUAGGUCAAUUUAACGUACUGAUUUUAAAAUCCAAGUCAUUAAAUUUCUCUAAGAAGAAUUUUUAUGCCACCGCAGCAUCUGCGAUGCGGUGGCAUAUAGCGAUUUACCUGUGUGUGUGUGUGUGUGUGUUUGUUUGUUUGUUUGUUUGUUUGUUUGUGUGUGUGUUAUAUAGAUUAUAUUGUGAACUUAAAAAAUCUUCUUGUGAAAAACCACUAGUCCAAUUUCAACCAAACUUGGCAGGAUUGAUCCUUGGGUGAAGGGCUUUCAAAGUUGUUCAAAGAAUUUAAUUCCAUGCAGAAAUCUGGUUGCCAUGGCAACCAAAAGGAAUUAUAAGAAUUAAUUUAAAAAAUCUUCUUGUAAAGACCCAAAAGGCCUAGAGCUUAGAUAUUUUGCAUAAGGCAUUGUCUGGUAGACCUCUACCAUGAUUGUUCAAAUUAAAGCCCUGGGGUCAAAAUUGGCCCCGCCCCAGGGGUCAUUGAUUUUCACUAUAUGUACAUAUAGUAAAAACUUAAAAUACCUUCUUGUAAAGACCCAUAGGCCUAGAGCUUAGAUAUUUUGCAAAAGGAAUUGUCUGGUAGACCCUUACCAAGAUUUUUCAAAUUAUAGCCCUGGGGUCAAAAUCAGCCCCGCCCCCGGGUCUUUGAUUUUCACUAUAUGUACAUAUAGUAAAAACUUAAAAUACCUUCUUGUAAAGACCCAAAAGGCCUAGAGCUUAGAUAUUUUGCAUAAGGCAUUGUCUGGUAGACCUCUACCCAGAUUGUUCAAAUUAUAGCCCUGGGGUCAAAAUCGGCCCCGCCCCGGGGGUCAUUGAUUUUCCUCAUAUUUACAUAGUAAAAACUUAUAGUAAAAAAAUUCUUCUAGCAAUUGACAAAUUUUUGUUGAGGUUAGAUAUUUUGCAUGAAACAUUGUGAAGUGAACCUCUAGCAAGAUUGUUCAAAAAAUAGCCCUGGGGUCAAAAUUGCCCCCGCCCCGGGGUCAUUGAUUUUCAAUAUAUACAUAAUUAUAGUAAAAAAUUAAAAAAUCUUAUUGUCUGAAGGUACAAGGCUUAGAGCUUUAAUAUUUGUUAAAUGAUAUCAUCUAUAGGUCACUCUACCAAAGUUGUUCAAAUUUUGCCUCUAGUGUCAAAAUUAAAAGUGAACUUUGAUAUCAGCUGACCUAGAUUUUGACAAAGUGUAUUACAUGUUGUCCUUUGAUGCAGUCAUGAAAUUUAGGCUGUGUGAAAUAGGACCUUCACCACCAAAUUCACUAGACUCAAGUGCAUUGAUAUAUUCCUACUGUGAUCUUUUAUUGAGUUAACAAUAAAUUUAACCACUAAUCUGAUAAUAAGAAUUAGAUAGGUCAGGGAUCUAUGCAUUAUGAUAAUCUUCAAUUGUAUAAAAACAAAAAAAUCUGUUCCUACACUACCAUUUAGUGUUGUAUUAAUGCGGUGGCAUAGCAUUUUUCUCAAAUGCAAUCUUGUUUUCCAGCUUUAUUUCAAUAUGUUGCAUAUUUGUUUGCUUUUAAUUAUACUGAUUGCCCACUUGAAGUAUCCACCACAGGUUUAUAUAGAAAAAUGUUUAAAUGUGUUCUCAUUAACCAAGGCAUUUAUCAUCAAUAAACUGAUUUUGUAGCAUUCUUAGGUUGUCCUUUGUCAAGUUUAAAGAUAUUCAUUGUUUUUUCGUCUUCAUAUUUUUGUUCAUGUAGUGGCAGAUUGUUGUUGUUCAGUACACUAUAAAUAUGUUCUAUAACAAGUCAAAUAAUUGAACGUGUUGAAUUAUUUUGUACCAAAUUGAAAAAACUUGAAACUUGUUUCUUUGCUUCUUAAAGGCAUAUCUCUAGCUCUACGGCUAUUCCUAAUUGAAAUGUCCUGUUAUAUUUUAUAGCUUAAAAAGUCAAUUAUUUUAUCUAAAAUAAGGCAAAUAUUUGUUUUUGUUGAAAACAAAGUUUGUCUACAAUAACAUUUUUCUGUAACUUUAGCUUUAAACUUUGAAGGUUUGGUAAAUGAAAUCAGUUAUAUGUAGUCAUGGGAAAAUCAUUUUAGAAACAUUUAAAAGUCUCUAUUUCUAUUAUAUUUUUAAAGUUUAAGGUAAACGUUUUUGUACCUGGGAUAUUUUUAAAAUGUACUUGAAUUUAUGACAUGUUGUGCAUUUACUUUUAAUUUUACUUGAAAUCAUCUCAUGAGUCAUUUUUAUUCAUGUCAGUUUUGCAUAUGAAGGAAAAAAUAUAUACCUUACAUUGCUUUGA